AUUUUUUGGGGGCGGGGUCCGAGUAACGUGGCGAAUUUACUGAAGUUGACGUCGGUCGGUACAUUCGACAACAAUUAGUUCGAGGUAUGACAAAUGUUUAGAUCACAAACUACACAUGGAAACCUAAAAACUUCAACAAAAAAGGAAUACUGGAAUACUAUCAUGGCAGCUCGCGGAGACGAAGUUCAGAGGCAAAUACAAAGGGACUGGGCAAACCGUGAAUAUAUUGAAGUUAUUUCUAGCAGUAUUAAGAAGAUUGCUGACUUUUUAAAUGGUUUUGAUUUAUCUUGCCGUUCAAGGCUUGCCACAUUAAAUGAAAAACUAACAGCUUUGGAAAGGAGGAUUGAAUAUAUUGAAGCAAGAGUUUCGAUGGGUGAAACAUUAAGUUAAACAAAUAUAAGAAAUUCUUCAAUGAAAUUAUUUGAAUGAAACCAAUGGAUUACUUCCUUUAAGCAGAUAAGAAUACGAUAUUCAAAAUUGAGUGUUAUAAACAUAUUUCAAUUUUUUUAUAUAAUCAAAUUGUUGCCUUGCGUUAAAUUUUUGUUGCAUAUUUGUGUCGCUGUUUGAAUUCAAUGUUAAAAUGGUAAUUUCUGCAAAUAUUUAACCUAAUUUUUCCUAGUAUUUUAGGUUGCAUAUUUUCAUUGGCAUACAACUCUGUCCUAAAUUUUUUUUUGCUAUUUCAAGGUGCUUUGUCCUGUUUCGUGGUACAUUUGUAUUAUCUGUGCUGUUGUGUCACCCCACUGAUUUUCCAUGCACUCUUUGCACUACUUUGUACAAAGUAUUUAAAUAUGUCAAAAGGUAAUAAUACCUUGCUACUCCCAAUGGCAAAUUGGUACAGAUUAAAGACGCUCAACCUUGCUAUAUACCCAGUUGCAAUUUGGUACACGCCUUGUAUAUGUGACAUAUUUACUAAAUGAUACAUAUUCCCAUCUAUUGUUAUUUGUGUGUUAUUGAAUUGUGCAUUUAUUCAUUCUGAUGGUAUGUUCUAUCAUAUCCUAUCUCACUUAUUUUGUCAAAAGUUUACUUUUCUCGAGGAAACAAAAACCAAAAAACAGAAAACAAUAACUAAGAAACCAGAUUUUGUAUUCACAGUAUGUAAUCACUAUAACAUUUAAAAUAUAUUUGAAAACCAA